CUUUUUCAAGCAUAUCCAAAUUUCAAGUCAUGUUUUCCGGCCCUUCGACACAUCAACGAUAUGGAUUUGAUAAAUAGCACUGUGCUGCGAGAUCAUUUGGACGUGACUUUGGAGAACAUUAAAAACCUGAUCCAUGGCCUGGAUAAUCCAACGGAGUUCUUUAAAGAACUGGGUAAAGCAGCCGUCGCCCACGAAAGGACAAACGUAAAGCGACAUCACAUUGAGGCGCUGUUCCCCAUCCUCAUUGACACGCUAUGUGAAUUAUCGGCUGUCGAUCAAGAAGAAUACGAAGCGUGGAAAAAGUUGUUCGACGUGAUGAAUCACUACCAGGAUAUGUUGCGAACUGGCAUCAUUAAGACUUCUGAUGUGUAA